AUGGCUGUUCCAAAGCCAUACUGUAUGAAUGGAAUGGAUAGCAACAAGUGCACGAUGCUUACAACGGAUAAUGGCGUUUUCCGGGGUGAUAGAGGUGGACAAGGUGAUUCUGGAAGAGGCGGCGGCGGUAUAUCCGGAGAUGCUCCACCGGCAGCAACCGUUCCAUCGUUCAUUGGCUUCCGGACUGGUUCUUCUCUGAAGUAG